UAAAGUUGAUUCAAAGUCUCAGUGCUGCACCAAUGGCGGCUCCCAUGUCCUGGAGGAGGCUGGUGUACUCCGUGUACUCACCGGCCAUCGCCGGGGUUUUUACCCGAAUAUCUGACCGGCUCUUCCGUGCACGGGACAGAAGAGGAGGCUCCUCCGUGCUGCUGCUGGCUCCUCUUCUUGCCGAAGCCGACCCGGCACCGUGGCGCGUUUCCAGGCCCAGCGGGUCAGCCGGAGCUCAAGGCACAGACGGCCUCUGCACCCACUUCCAAUGGAUGGCAGAGCACGUACCCGCCUUCCGGGUGCCGGGCACCCACAUCCAUAUUCUCACCUCACCCGACCAGUUCUACCAGGCGAUAAAGGCACGAAUCAAGAAGGCAAAGAGGCGAGUCGUGAUGGCCUCGUUGUAUCUGGGAACCGGUCAGCUGGAGCAGGAGCUGGUGGACUGUAUGGAGGAAGCUCUACAACGCUCACAGGACGACAGUCAUUCUCCUGACCUAAAGGUCUCCAUAUUGCUGGACUACACCCGCGGAUCACGAGGGCAGAUUAACUCGAGGACCAUGCUGCUGCCGUUGCUGCAGCGCUUCACCUCCCAGAUGCGGAUCUCUCUGUACCACACUCCGGACCUGAGGGGCCUGCUGCGGCUGCUGGUCCCUCAGCGCUUCAACGAGACCAUCGGAGUCCAGCACAUCAAAGUCUACCUGUUUGACGACAGCAUUAUCAUCAGCGGGGCCAACCUGAGCGACUCGUACUUCACCAACAGACAGGACCGCUACGUGCUGCUGGAGAACUGCAGGGAGGUCGCCGACUUCUUCUCCAAACUGGUGGAGGCUGUGGGGGACGUCUCCCUGCAGCUUCAGCCCGACGACUCGGUCACCAUGCUGGAGGGCAUGGUGCACCCGUACAAAGGCAACAGACAGGACUUCUCGGCGGCGGCGAGGAAGCGGAUCAUGGAGGUCGUGAACGCAGCCCACGUGAGGCAGCAGCUGCUGAACCGGUCGGAGGACUCUGAGGACGAGGGGCUGAGCGAGGAGGAGGAGGACACCUGGGUGUUCCCUCUGGUUCAGAUGAAACCUCUGGGCAUCCAGACGGACGAGCAGGUCACACAGCGCUUGCUGACAGACGCCGGGCCGGACUCCACUGUGUUUCUAACAUCGGGUUACUUCAACCUGACCGGGGCGUACAUGCGGCUGGUGCUCGGGGCCGGGGCCAGCUACCGCAUCCUCACCGCCUCCCCAGAGGUCAACGGGUUCUUCGGAGCCAAGGGCGUCGCCGGAGCGAUCCCUGCAGCCUACAUCCACAUCGCGAGACAGUUUUACAACCGAGUGUGCCAGCUGGGCCAACAGGAGAGGGUACACCUGCACGAGUACCACAGAGCCCAGUGGACCUUUCACGCCAAAGGUCUGUGGUAUUACCUCCAGGGGCAGGAUCGGCCUUGCCUCACGCUAAUUGGUUCCCCUAAUUUCGGUUACCGCUCAGUUCACCGUGACCUGGAGGCCCAAAUCGCCAUAGUAACGGAGAACGAGGAGCUGCAGAGCCAGCUGCAGGAGGAGCAGGAGAUGUUGUACGAGCGCUCCACUGAGGUGUCCAGCUCCACGUUUGAGCGGUCGGACCGCCACGUCAAGCUGUGGGUGAAACUAGUCACCCCCCUCAUCAAGAAUUUCUUCUGAGAUGCCAUAAGCAGCCCAAAUCACCAAAGUGAGAGCAGGGACAGCGCGUCGGCUGAUUCAGUCCUGUCAAGAAGUGAGUCAGCACGGCGUUAUGAUGAUGAUCCGUCAGUGUGGUCUGUGUUAGAGGGUUCAUCAGCCCUGAAGCAGAGUCAAGAGGCUACUUCUGUUCUCUGGAAGAGUUCAUGUUGGAGUAGGACUGAGUUUUGUUUAAGGCUGAAGUAAGAUACCACGGGGAUGCAGUAAAAAAAACAAAACAAAACCCACAAACUACUCACUCUGAGGGGAAGAUAAGUUCAUUGUAUAAACUCAAGUUGAAGGUAAAGGGAGACCUGUCAAGAUCUAUGCUGAAGAUAGAGAGAAGCCACUCAGCAGUUUUUCUGGGGUUUUUUUUUUUAGUUUGUUUGUUUGUUUGUUUUUUCUUUUUCUUUAGUUUCUGAGAACAGGAAGUGUCACAGUCUGGAUGGUGACAGUAAAUGGGUGGUGUCUUAUCGUUACCUGCGCAGGAUCGAGACCAAAAAAAACAAAAAAUAAAAACAAAACAACUUGAGUGAUCUGUUGCCAGGAGGAAAUAGCCAUAAAUAGAUCAUCUUUCAGCACUUGAGCAUUCAGCAAAAAUAUGCAGGCACUACAGGUGAAAAUACCUCUCAGACAAUGAUUGGUACAGGAAGCGCAUGUAGACCCAGUGUUGGAAAACGUUGAAAAGAGUUGUGGAAAUCCUCUGGUUACUGGCAGGGGUGACGCAAUCACAGAGGGGGGGUUGGCCUGUGAGACUCCUCAGCGAUCUCGCAGUAAAGGUCCCGUAGCCCACUAAAAAUAUUUUAGUCAAGAACAGAAAAAGCUCUUUAGUGUCUUUGGUGACACAGAGACUGUGACCUGGAAUUUUAAACCGCAGUGAAAUUUGGUCACAAUCUUCACUAACUUUGACUCCUGUCUAUAAAACGCCACAGUUAUCAGAAAUCCAUCUGAACUAAAACCGCAGUUUUUUUUUUUUUUUCUUUUUCUUUCAAGGCCAAAUCGAUUCUUGAAUAUUGUUUAGUUCUUAUAUGAAUUCGCAUGGCACCAGAGAGGAAGAGCGCCGUUCACAACCGAGUUCUUGUGUAUCUGCUAUUUUAAAAAGGCCCAGUUGUCAUAGUUUUGACUUGGAAGCGGCGCGGAGGGAAGCUGUGACAACUCUUCCUUUCACCUGCUAGUUUACACUUGUGCUGAUUUAAGCUGCCGGUAUACUGCAUCAUUCGGGGAACCUCCCACCCCUUCCCGACGUCAACAAUGUCUGUAACUUUCCGAAACUGAUGAUCCGACAUUCACGCCCAUGUCAUGCUGGUCAGCUGUGUGGAGGUGAGAAAGGAGUCAAGGAUUGCACUUCUCUCAGCACUUUUAAAAAAAAUAUU